CGAUCCCCCAGAAUCAGCGUGUGCCGCUAAUAUCUUUCUAUCAUCCCCAGCCUCUUUCGGCCAGCCGCUAGGCCAUCGACAUCGCGGCGGCCCAGAGGCGAUGACGACCGGCAGUGCGAGCCCGCUGCGGACUCCGCUGGGCAGCGCCUCGCCCGCGACGCCGGGCACGCCGGGGUCGGGGAGGCCCUUCUGCACGCUCACAAACUUCGGCCUCAAGCUGGUGGCGCACGCGCUGAACGAAGCCCCGGACAGCAAUGUGUGCCUAUCGCCGUUCGGCGUCGCCGUGGCCCUAGGAAUGGCCAUCGUGGGCAGCGGCGACGCCACCACCGCCCAGGUGGUGCACGCCGUGGGCGCCAUCGACUCGAACAACCUGUACCGCACCUGCGAGAAGAUACUCUCCAUGCUCAACAGCUCCAUGCCCAACACCAAGGUGUCGCUGGGCAGCAGGUUGUUCGUGUCCGAGGACAUACCGCUUCUGCCCGAGUUCAAGGAGACGCUGGCGGAGACCUUCUCCGUCGAUCUGGGCAGGAUCAACUUCAAGGACAACCCGCAGGCGGCUGCCCAGGAGAUCAACGCAUGGGCAGCCAAGGCGACCGACGGCAACCUGACGCACCUGCUGCGAGACGGCGACGUGAGCGAGCGCACCCGGAUCUUGAUGGUCAGCGCCAUCUACUUCCGCGGCAUCUUUAGCGAGCCUUUCUGUGGACCCGUCAAGGCGCCUUUCCACAUCAACGCAAAGGAGACGACUCAAGUGGACAUGAUGGAGUCGUGCCGUGGCGCCCUCUACUGCCGCAGCACUCGGAUCCCGUGCGAGGCCAUCGAACUGUCGUACGUGUGUCGCUCACUGAGCCUGCUCGUCAUCCUGCCGGACAAGGGCAUCGCGCUGAGCAAGCUGGUGGCCGUCCUCAGCAACGACGCCGUGCGCCGCCUCGUGAAGGACCUCCAGCCCGUGCCCUCCAUGGCCGUGUGGCUUCCGCGCUUCCGGCUCCGGAACUCGUACGAGAUGGUGCCCGCCCUCAAGGCGGUCGGCAUCACCAACCUGUUCGACGACCACGUCGUCGACCUGAGCCGCAUGACGGGCAAGGGAACGGGUUUCGCCGUCGACAACUUCGUCCACGAGGCCUUCUUCGACACGACCGAAAAGGGACUCGGCGAACCGACCAAACCGCCGGAACCGCUGGACGCUUCGAUGAUCACGUUCCGCGCGAACAGGCCGUUCUUGUACGUGUUGAUGCACCACUACAACCACGCCGUCGUCUUCAUGGGAGCCGUCUGCAGGCCGUGAGGGCGCCAGUCUGC